AAAAAAAAAAAAAAGUGACAUCCAUACUGGCUGGUCAAUCACAACACCAAGAAGGCUUUAGAAGCUGCAGAGCCAGCCCCUCAGCGGUCCAGUGAUGUACAGCACCCACACCCCUCCAGAGGUCACAAGAAGGAACUCGAAGCCCAGCACUGUGCAGGGGACUCCUGGCAGCCUGGAAGGAGAGAAAAGCCAGAUCAUUUUCCCUGGCUUUGUGGCGCUCCUGGCCAUCUUCCUGGUCAUCAUGGCGGCCUGCAUCCUGUGGAGCUGGAACAAACAGAAGAAACGUCGAGUCCCUUACUUCCAAGUAGCUCCAUCGCUGACUCUGCCUCCACCCAGACAGCGAGCAAAAAAUAUUUACGACUUCUUGCCCCAGCAGCAGGCAGAGCUGGGGAGACAUCAGUCGAGUGGCUUCAGUACCGAGAACCUCCUCUCCAGAGAUUCAGACAGCCCCGAGCAUGAGGUCCCUCAAGCAGAUGGUUCCCUUCAGAUGCAUAGAGCUUAUGUUCAUGCCGUGGAGUACACAGUAGGCAUCUAUGACAGUGGCACAGUGCCCCAGAUGUGUGGACACCUCUCCCCCUCAGCACAUUACAUCAGUGUCAGGGCGUCCGGAGAUGACUCCAGCAUUUCUUCCAAGGAGUCAAAUGAUUAUGUCAAUAUCCCCACAGCAGAGGAGCCCAGCGAGGCUCUAAGCUCCACCAAAUGCACUCCUGAAAAUCACCUUGGUCUUCCAAGCACCCAGAAGCUGGAGUUUGCCGAAGGCAGGCAUGCAGGCUGUGGGGAUGCCACCGAGCACACUGGUUUGUGGGCUCCAGCUAAGGGUAGUGAUUCACUCAGCGAUGAAGAAGAGUCAUCUCAGACUUCAAAUGACUACGUCAAUAUGACAGGUUUGGACCUUGAAGAUGUCCAAGAGAACCAGCCCAAGGCGGCUCUUCAGUGCUGCAGAGACUAUGAAAACGUCCCGUCGGCAGAUACCAAUGAAAGGCAGCUGCAGACUGAGGACGAAGUGACAUCUUCCGAUACAGACCACGGAGAGCCUGCCCGGAUGACUCGGUCUUCUGUGUAUUAUAUGGCAUUUCAGCCAUCUACCCAGAGUGAGAACACUGAAGUGGUACACGGAGCAGAGCAGUCCAACGAAGACUUCAAUGACUAUGAGAAUGUGCUAGUUGCAGACUCAGAAGGCAGGGACUGGGAGCAAGGGCCUGCUACUUGGCAUCCUUCUGAGGAGGGAACAGCGAGCGACCUAGCUGGAAAGCUCUGUGAGGCGGUCUACCCUGCUGAAACAGCUAGAGAGGAUGCCGGAGUGGUCAAGCAUCCUGUUGGAUUCACUUGGCUACGGUAAGGAGGCUGAGAGGAGCAGGGCAGCAGCAGGUCGCAUAGAAAGCAAAAGACUAGGACGCCCAGAGAAGAAGAAUUCUUCUCAGUCAAGGUUGCCGUUAGCUCUCAGGCCAACUGAAGAUAGUUUAGUGACACGAUCUUAUUGGGGUGUUAGACACAGAAAGGUGCCUAGCACUUAGAACCAAGUGGAAGUGUGACAUGGUCGAAGAUAAUUCCCUUCACAAACACCAGCAAGCUGCAAAGUGCGAGUGUAGAUUAUUUUAUGACCCCGACAGGCCAAAGGAGGAACAAGUUCAGCCAGGCAAUUUCCAACUUGCGAAGAGCUGAUGAGGGCAUAGCCCCGGCCAGCCCCAUCACUAUUGAUAUG